CCAACUUGGUCGAUGUGUACAACAACAAAAAAUUCCAACCCAAUUAAAGCGAAAAAUGAGUAAAUUAACCGGAUUUUUAGAAAAUCCCAAUGCAAAAUUAGAAGAAAACCUCGAAGAUGAUGUUGUACAAGAUAUUUUAAAAACAGGUACUGACUUAAGACAUUAUUCCAGGCAAAUAGAGAAAGAAUUGAAACAAGUCGAGAAUAAAUCCAUACAAGAUUAUAUUAAAGAGAGCCAAAACAUAGCAAAUCUUCACGGACAGAUUUCGGCAUGUGAUCAAAUCCUUGAACGAAUGGAAAACAUGUUAUUGGGUUUUCAAAAUGAUUUAGGAAGCAUAAGUAGCGAAAUAUUGUCUUUACAAAAGAAAUCGAUCAGUAUGAGUCAAGAAUUAAGUAAUCGACAAGCUAUUAGAGGACAAUUAAGUCAAUUUAUUGACGAUAUAACCGUACCUGAAUCUUUAAUAUCAGGAAUUAUGGAAACUCCGGUUACUGAUAAAGAUUUCUUGACACAUUUACAAGUAUUAAAUCAUAAAAUCAGUUUUGUUAAAGAACAAAGCUUUAAAGAAUCGAAAUCUUGCACGGACGUUAAGGACAUUUUAGAAAAACUCAAAAUCAAGGCAAUGUCUAAAAUAAGAACGUAUUUACUCGAACAAGUUUACAAGUUUCGAAAACCAAUGGCAAAUUACCAAAUGCCCCAAAACGCUAUGUUAAAGAAUAAAUUUUUCUUCGAGUUUAUUUUAUCAAAUGAAAGAAAUGUAGCUCAAGAAAUUUCUAAUGAAUACGUCGAUACAAUGAGCAAAGUUUACUUUUCUUAUUUUAAAUCAUAUUCAGGAAGAAUUAUGAAAUUGCAAUUUGAAGAAACUGCAACAAAGGAAGAUUUAAUGGGUAUUGAAGAUACUGCAAAUAGAGGGUUGUUUCAUAAAAGUAGUUUAAAACAUAAAGGAACUGUUUUUACAAUUGGGAAUAGAGGUGAUGUUUUAGCACAACAAUUAGAAGCACCGAUUAUUGUUCCACAUGUACAAUCGAAAACAAGGUAUUACUAUGAGGCUUUAUUUCGUAGUGAACAAUACGCUUUAGUGGAUAAUGCUUGUCGUGAGUACUUAUUUGUGAGCGAAUUUUUUAUGGUGAGGGGCCAAGCUGCUUUAGGAAUAUUCAAUCAAAUAAUGGGAAAAACUUUACAGCUUUUAACAAAAAAUUUAGAAGCUUUUGUAUCAGAUUGUUAUGACACAAUAGCAUUAUUUUUAUGUUUCCAUUUAAUACUUCGUUACCAAUUAAUGUGUCAUAAACGAUGCGUCCCUGCUUUAGAUAAAUAUUGGGAAUAUCUCCAAGGAAUCAUUUUACCCAGAUUUGAAAGUGUUUUUCGCUUAAAUAUCGGAAGUAUUAGAGAUUGUGAUCCAUCUAAAUUUAACAGAGAAAUGGGGCCGCAUUAUAUUACAAGAAGAUACGCUGAAUUUAGUGCUGCAUUAGUAGGAAUAAGUGAAAAUUUCCCCAAUGAAUUAGUAAACAGACUUUUAGCUGAGCUUCAAGAAGAAGUGGAAUUAUUUAUAUUACGAAUGGCGGGGAUUUUUCCACAACGAAAAGAGCAAUUAAUUUUUUUAAUCAACAAUUACGACAUGGUUUUAAAUAUAAUAAUGGAACGAACGCGAGAUAAUUCGAAAGAAGCGGAGUCGUUUCGGGCUCGUUUAUCCACGAAAAGUUCCGAAUACGUCGAAGAGAUUUUAAGCCCUCAUUUCGGCGAAAUGAUGCAAUUCGUUAAAGAAUGCGAAAGAAAUCAAGAAAAAAAUGUGCAAGAUCCGAAAAGAAUCGAAUCAAAAGCGAUCAUUUUGGUACAAAAUUUCUCGUCAAAUUGGAAAAAAUCACUUGAAGAAUUAAACAGAGAGGUUUUGUUAUCGUUUCCAAAUUUAGUUACUGGUUCUGGGUUAUUACAGUUAGCUUUAACACAACUUGUACAGUAUUAUCAUAGAUUUCAUAAAUUGUUAAGUCCUAAUUUAAAAACUCAAUUGACUAACAUUCAUCAUAUUAUGAUUGAAAUGAAAAAAUAUAAAACUAAUUAUUAAAAAAUUAUUGCAAAAACAUAA